AUGGAGGCUUCUCUUUUCUUGCGAUUUGCAACAGCCACUGCAGACAUUGCUGCUGCUGCUGCUGCAAGCAGCAGCAGCAACAGCAGCAGCAGCAGCAGCAGCAGCAGCAGAGGGUCACGGAGCUUUCCCGGUGGUCUAGGCUUGUCUGGCGAGGCAGCUGCGGGAGCUGGCGAUGCUGCUGUUGCUGCUGUUGUUGCUGCAGCAGCAGCAGCAGCAGCAGCACUUGAGCGCACUCUCUUCUCCCGCUUGGGCCGGCUGGAUAUUUCUUUUCUUUUUGCUUUUGCAAAUGCUGUUGCAGCACCUCGUUUUCAGCUUCCUGCUGCUGCUGCUGCUGCUGCUGCUGCUGAGCAGCAGCAGCAGCAGCAGCAGCAGCAGCAGCAGCGGGAAGAGGAGAUGGAGCGCAUCUUUGGGCUGCAGCUGCAGCAGUUUCUGGCAGACAUUGCUGCUGCUGCUGCUGCAAGCAGCAGCAGCAACAGCAGCAGCAGCAGCAGCAGCAGCAGAGGGUCACGGAGCUUUCCCGGUGGUCUAGGUUUGUCUAGCGAGGCAUCUGCGGGAGCUGGCGAUGCUGCUGCUGCUGCUGUUGUUGCUGCAGCAGCAGCAGCAGCAGCAGCACUUGAGCGCACUCUCUUCUCCCGCUUGGGGCGGCUGGAUAUUUCUUUUCUUUUUGCUUUUGCAAAUGCCGUUGCAGCACCUCGCUUUCAGCUUCCUGCUGCUGCUGCUGCUGCUGCUCAGCAGCAGCAGCAGCAGCAGCAGCAGCAGCAGCAGCAGCAGCAGCAGCAGCAGCAGCAGCAGCAGCAGGAGCAGCAGCAGGAGCAGCAGCAGCAGCAGCAGCAGCAGGAGCAGCAGCAGGAGCAGCAGCAGCAGCAGCGGGAAGAGGAGAUGGAGCGCAUCUUUGGGCUGCAACUGCAGCAGUUUCUCCCUCUGUCUCUGCUGCAGCAGGAGACAGUUGCUGCGGUGUAUAGGCAGCUGCUGCCGCGGCAUGCAUGCGGAGACCCCCUCUAUUUGCUGCAGCACUGGCGGGGCCGUGCUGCAGCUUUAGCAGCAAACUUACAGCAGCAGCAGCAGCAGCAGCAGCAGGGCACAGCAGCAGCAGCAGCAGCAGCAGCAGCAACAAGCAGUGCUGCUGAUUUCCUUGUAAGAGAGCUGCAGUGUACAGACACCGCAGCACUAGCGCGGGCUCCUGCUGCCUACGCCCGUCAGCUUAUAGCCUUUGCUGAACUCGCACUGCCUGGGCGCUUUUCAUCUUCGUCUCUCCCGCAGCAGCAGCAGCAGCAGCAGCAACAGGACAGCAGCAGCAGCAGCAGCAGCAGCAGCAUGGUUGAGGCGGGGCCAGAGCAGGUGCUGCGAGCCCUCCUCAGCCCCCUUAGGAACAACCCCCGUCUCUUCCCUCCUGCUGUUUGUGCUGCUGCUGCUCGUGUUGCUGCAGAAGCAGGUGUAAGUGACCCUUUGCUGCUGGAGAGAGUCCUUCGGCGGGUUGCUGACGCAGAAGAUUCUGCUGCAGCUGCUGCCAGCAGCAGCAGCAGCAGCAGCAGCAGCAGCAGCACGAGCAGCAGCAGCAGCAGAGGCGGUGUAGGGAAACAGCUGCUGCCUGCUGCAGCUGUUGUUGAUCUGCUGCGAGCUGCUGCUGCUGCUGCUGCACUCACAAGGACUGCUAGGGCUGCUAUAGAGGCCCUGGUGGAGCAGCAAAGGGAGCUGCUGCUGCAGCAAGCGGAUCUAUCGGCAGCAGCGGUUGGGCUGCUGCAGCAGCUGCAGCUGCUGGAUUUGCCGCUGCUGCUGCGCGUGCUGCAGCAGCAAGUAUCUCAGUUUCAGCAGCGGCUGCAGCAGCAGCUACAGCAGCAGCAGCAGCAGCAGCAGCAGCACUGGAUAUCCUCUGCUGCAGCAGACCUGCGAGGCAUCGCUUGGACAGCACAGCUGCUGCCGCUGCUGCAGCAGGCACAAGCGCAGCGACUGCUGCAGCUGGAGAACGGCUCGCAGCAGCAACAACAGCAGCAGCAGCAGCAACAACAGCAGCAGCAGCAGCAGCAGCAGCAGCAGCAGCAACAGGGCAUCAGGGUUAUAGCAUGGACAGCACAGCUGCUGCCGCUGCUGCAGCAGGCACAAGCGCAGCGACUGCUGCAGCUGGAGAACGGUUCGCAGCAGCAACAACAGCAGCAGCAGCAGCAGCAGCAACAGCAGCAGCAGCAGCAGCAGCAGCAACAGGGCAUCAGGGUUAUAGCCCCACCUGAGGCACUGCUGCAGCUGCUGCAGGGGUUUGCUGCUCUCCCCUCUGUUGAGGGUGGGACCGAAGCAAUUCUCGCCGCGUUGCUGCUGCUGCAGCAGCAGCAGCAACAGCAACAGCAGCAGCAGCAAGGACAGCAGCAGCAGCAGCAGCAGCAGCAUUUGGCGUGUGAUGCUCUGAGAGCUGCAGCUGAUGCACUGACAGCCAGCAGGGGGACAGAGACAGCCGGAGAGAGAGAGGGGCUUCUACCCCCUGCAGCUUUCUUGCUGCUGCAGCAGCGAGACUUAGUCUCCUUAUCUGCCUGGUACAUGGCGUUGCUGCUGCACCCAGCAGCAGCAGCAGCAGCAGCAGCAGCAGCAGCAGCAGCAGCAGCAGCAGAGCAGCAGCAGCAAGGGCUAUUAAGAGCUCUGCGGCGGCUAGCAGAGAUAAGCAAAAAACAAAACCUCCAUAAGACAGAUGCAGUGCAGCUGGCGGUUGUCAUCAGGUCUGAGGCUGCGUCAGUUGCUGCUGCUGCUGGCGAUACACUCGCCGGAGCUGCAGCAGCAGCAGCAGCAGCUGCAGCAGCAGCAGCCUCUCUAAGGAUGCAGCAGCGCAGCAGCAGCUGCGACGGGGGCCCCAGCAUCCUGCUGCUGCUGCUGCAGGGGUUUGCUGCUCUCCCCUCUGUUGAGGGUGGGACCGAAGCAAUUCUCGCCGCGUUGCUGCUGCUGCAGCAGCAGCAGCAACAGCAGCAGCAGCAGCAGCAGCAGCAGCAGCAGCACCUGGCGUGUGAUGCUCUGAGAGCUGCAGCUGAUGCACUGACAGCCAGCAGGGGGACAGAGACAGCCGGAGAGAGGGAGGGGCUUCUACCCCCUGCAGCUGUACUCUCUCGCAUUGCUGCUGCUGCUGCUGCUGCUGCUGCUGCUGCUGCUCCUGCUGCAGUGACAGGUGGAGCCGCAGCAGCAACAGCAGCAGCAGCAGCAGCAGGUGAUGGACGAAGCAGCAAGCUUGCUUCUACUAUCGGAGAGAAGAUAGCAGCAGCAGGGAAUAUGCUGCUGCAGCAGCAAGUGCUGCCGCAGUUCUUGCUGCUGCAGCAGCGAGACUUAGUCUCCUUAUCUGCCUGGUACAUGGCGUUGCUGCUGCAGCCAGCAGCAGCAGCAGCAGCAGCAGCAGCAGCAGCAGCAGCAGCAGAGCAGCAGCAGCAAGGGCUAUUAAGAGCUCUGCGGCGGCUAGCAGAGAUAAGCAAAAAACAAAACCUCCAUAAGACAGAUGCAGUGCAGCUGGCGGUUGUUAUCAGCUACCUGCGGCUGGAUGCACCGGCUCUGUGGGGGCAGCUGCCAGCAGCAACGCAGCAGACACUGCAUCUGCUGCUGCAGCGAACCUGGCCUAACUAA